GGCGUAUUAAAAUCAUCUGAUCAUUAAAAGUAAAACAAUACAUAAAUACGGAAGUUUCAUUGCGUAUUUGAGCGUUUAAAUUUAAAUUUUUGACGUUCUAGAACGGGGGUAGCGGAUGCAAAGCGAAUGUUUUGGCGAAAUAAUGUGGGAUUUUCGUCGUGCUUUGUUUGGUUUUAAAGUGGGGAAUCAAUACUUGGACUAUUGUUGUAAUAGAUAAACUGGUGUCGAAAUAAAUAAUAGUUUAUAAACUGGUUGAAAUGGCUGCAUAUGAGAAGGGUGAGCAUUCUAAGAGUGAGGAGAAUAGUCCUAAUGGGGAAAAACCACUGAAAAAGGCGAGAUAUGAAUGGGAGGUCAAGGGUAAACAUCACCUAAAAGAGAAAAGUGGUAAUAUUAAUACAAAUAACAAUAUACCAAGUAGUUCUACAGUACAAGAAGUUAAAGAACACAGAUGUUUUUUGUCUGUACCAACCAGUGAUGAUAUUGUAUUGAGUGACGAAGAAGAAUGGACUGAUCAUAAUAUAGAUCAAGCAAUAUCUAAUGAAAUACCUGUAACUUUAGUAUCGCCUAAAAACCAAGAGUAUUAUCUACGUAGAUGGCAAGCAAGGAGAGUGGCAAGGGGAUUUGUCGAUAACACCAUAAACACUAUAUUAGAAACUUAUAUGAAUCAACCCAGUGAUUUUGAUGCCAGUGAUUUAGUUGAAAACUGUGAAAACGAUGGUCAAGUUGAAGACGAAGGUAUUUUAAUGGCCAUUCAGUCCCAUGGUUUACAAUCAAAUAUAAAUCAGAGUACUAGUACUAGUAAAAUAUUUCCUGAGGCAACGAUGGACAACUACACAAAUUAUCAUCAUGAAAUUUCUACAAGUUCCAGAAGUUUUCCUAGUACUGAACCAACAAGUUGUGAUAAUUUGCAAAUGGAGGACCCAAUGGAUUUUUUGAAUGCUGCAGUUUCUGCAGCCAUUGAUAAAAAUGGACUUUCUUCAUAUAGUUUUUGAAUGAACUUUUUUGAAUAUCAGACUGCUAAUAUCAUCUAUAUCAAUAGACAAUGUAGUAUUACCUACUCAAUGAUGUAACAUUAAAGAUAACAUUUUUAAUUUUUAUAAAUUCUAUUUUGUUAAUUUUUUAUUGUCU